AUGUCUUCCAUAAAGAAAGCCUACUUCAAUGCGCCAGACGGCCAACUGCACUACCGGUUCCUCCUCACAACCCAGUCACCAAAAAAGGCACCAUGCGUUUUCCUCCACAUAUUCGGCAGCUCAUACGACCCAGAAACUCAACCCCCAAAUACAGCCUACUACGUAGAUGUCUUCAUGCAGCUCUUCAACUCCCUCAACCUCACCAAGUUCCACCUCCUAGGCCACCAUUCCGGCGCCAGCCUGGCCACCGAGCUUGCAGCCCUCUACCCCACCACCGUCCUAACUCUCUGCCUAGUCGGAACCGCCAUCAUGACCCGUUCCGAGCAAAUCGCCCUCAACACACUAAUCAACAUCCCAUUGAACGAGCCCAUCGCUUCCGGCGCCCACCUCCAGAAAACAUGGGACUAUUUAGCGAGCCAUGGCGAUAUGUGGGGAUUCUUUGGGAGGGUGCGGUGUGAGACGAUGGCGAUGUGUGCGAGGGAUGAUGUGCUUUGGCCCUAUGUGGAAAAUGUGAGGGAGAUUAAACCGGAGGCGAGGGUUGAGGAGGUGAAGGGUGGGGAUUUUGAGACGGGGAGACCGGAUUCGGUGGUGGAGGUUGCGGAGUUGCAUUUUGAUUUCUUGGGAAACUGUGGAUUUUGA